GCUGUUGCUCUGCGGUGGUGUGUGUGUGUGUUUGUGUGUGUGUGUUUGGCGACAAAACGUUUAUUUUUCAUCGUUUUAACGUUUAAACCGCACAAAGGAUGAGCCUGUCUUUAAGAGCUGACCUUGCAGCAGACAAAAACAAGCGCAAGAAGAGGAGAGAGCUGACCGAGGACCAGAAACAUGAAAUCAAAGAAGCCUUCGAGUUGUUCGACACCGACAAAGAUAAAGAAAUCGACUAUCACGAGCUGAAGGUGGCGAUGCGAGCGCUCGGCUUUGAGGUGAAGAAAGUGGAUGUUUUGAAGAUUCUUAAAGAUUACGACCGAGAGGGAAACGGCAAAAUAACAUUUGAGGAUUUCAAUGAAGUUGUGACUGACCGCAUCCUGGAGCGAGACCCGAAGGAGGAGAUCAUGAAGGCCUUCAAGCUGUUCGAUGACGACGAGUCGGGGAAGAUCAGUCUGAGGAACCUGAGACGAGUCGCUCGAGAACUCGGGGAGAACGUCAGCGACGAGGAGCUGCGCAGCAUGAUCGACGAGUUCGACGCCGACGGAGACGGUGAAAUAAACCAGGAGGAGUUCCUCUCCAUCAUGACCGGAGACUCCUGAUGAGGAGUUUCGUUGACGCUGAGGAUUUUUGGCUCGGAUCGGUCGUCCACAUGGCGGGAAGCUGACUGAACAUCUGUCGGUGUGUUUGAAGGUAAACGAGCGUCCUCUCGGAGGUCUGACGUGGACUGAAAUCGCUCAUUGGCCUCGCGGUUUAUACUCGACUCAAAGUGUCGGACACUUUGAGUCCGCCUCUCCUGAAGAUUUAAAGCUGUUGAUAUAACGACGCCGCUCUUUAAUUCAAAUUCACUCUGAGUGUUUUUGACUUUGAAAUGACGCUGUCUUAAUAAAAAACGUGCAGUUUCACCUCAGAGUGAAUCUGAUGUUAGUCUAAUCGAUUUAUGAGACCUGAUGAUCAAUCUUUCUGUCACAUCCAAGUUACAUCUGGCUAAAAAGGGGAGGAAAACGGGGGAAAUUUAUUGUUAAUUUUACAUAAUGUGAGUGUUUUAAUGUGCUAUUUAUUUUGUGUCAGAAAAAAUAAA